AUGAUAGAACGACAUCGCUUGCCAUCUGCUUCGUACCACUCUCCAUUUGAAAACGAGUGCUGGUCUCGAUGUCUUUUCGCUGAACAACUAGUGAUGAUCAUUGACGACAACCGUGACGCAGCACAGAUCGCUCGUCAUGUUGCAAAUAAGCAGCCUGGUCCCGCUCCAUUCUUCGUCAUGGACAUGCCUUCAGUGAUGGCCCGUGUUGACGACUGGCAGCGUCAUCUGUCACGCGUCCAAGCUUAUUAUGCUUUAGGUUGUAACGCGGAUCCUGUUCUAGCACGAAUCCUCGCUGACGUUGCUCGAUUAGGAUUUGCUGUUUCUGAUACGCAGCAGUUAGUUACGGUGAGUGUCAUUAUGGACUGUCCUCUGUGGACUCGUAAAGCAAUGAGAGUUGCUGGUGAAUGUCAUGUUGGAACAAUUGUCAUAGAAAACGAGAAAGAACUGAUGGAUGCUAUUAGCUAUGCUCCACAUGCGCGCAUAUUACUCGCUAUGUCACUAGCUGCACGCCGAAAUAACAGCGAUUCGCUCUGCGCCAGCAUUGAGGAGCUUGAAGAAAUAAUAAUAACGGCACUUGAACUCCGUGCAAAUAUCGUAGGAAUUAGGUUGAUUUUAAAUUUCCGUCUCACUGGAAUUUUGGUGAUACCAAAGUCGUUGACAAGAAAUAAGAAUUUUAAAGAAAAUGAGAGAAAACCGAAGACUUUAUCCGUGCGUCAUAGUAUUGUGCCCAUUUCUGAAGGUAGUUUUGUCGAUCAUUUUAUGAGUUUUAGGUAUUUUGCGGCAUCAGCAUUUGUGUUGUGCACAAAUGUGAUUGGCAAGAAGGCACUUGAGGCACGUUAUAUUACCAAGGAUGAUUUCGAUGAUGGUGUUGGCUUCGUGUACCAAACGAACGACAGCGUCUAUGGGUCGUUUGGUUGUCUUCUAAUGAAUUCCCAGCCGGAGUGCAUACCACUUGAUGAUGUUUCUGAUGCACCACAGCACUUCGGCACCAUUCUCGGUGCUUCACUACAACCGGGUGACGUUGCUCAGUCACUGAUACGCUGUCGCCAACUAUGCGUGGGCGAUUGGCUGCUGUGGAGAGAUGCAGGGGCGUAUACCAUGCCGCUCAAUGGGGAAUAUGCUGUACCGCCGGUUUAUUAUUUUAUCGGAUGUGACAGUCAUGUUGGUAACAGUGAUUCAGAUGCGAUGGAUACGGCGUCAGACGGAGCGAGUGACGUGGAAAGCUUAGACGAAUAUGACAAUGAGGAUUUGACAGAAUGUUUCGAUCGUGUGUUCUUAUAUUCACAGUGA